AAUAUUUAUUAAUAGUGAUUUUAUUUACUCUUUUAAUUCUUCGAUUUGUUGGGUUCUUAUUAUUUGUAAAGUUUACAUACAAAUUAAUUAAAUACGCAUAUCGAUGGAUCGUAGGAUUAUAUAAACCUGAAUCAUUUCAUUCGAAUGAGCUUGCUCAUAGUGAGAUACGAUCAUAUUUAUUUUUCGAAUACUUACUUUUUCUUUUAUAAUUUUAAAUCGUUGUCGUUUGGAUCUAGAUGCACAAACAAGAAGUCCUAGUACUAGUAAGAAUUACAUUUAGAUUCAGAAGAGGAAAAAUUUAAUCGUUUGAUAUUUUCAAUUUACUUUUGUAGAUGAAAUCGAUCAAGGUUCUGCACUCACAACAACUGCUAUGACUAAUAACUAUACACAACCUGCAAUUGAAAACACACAACCACAUGGUCAAGUAGUCACGAGUGAUACGAACAUUAAUCAAGGUGAACAUGUGCAUGAGCGUGAAGAUGCAGGAUUAAAGGCUAACGGAAAGCAUGCUAUCACUGCACCAAAUAUGGAAAAUGGUAAAUAG